AUGCCACAGAGUUAUUGUUGCGCGGCAUUUAACAUUUUUGGCUGGCUCUCCAUCUGUUCUGGUGUGACCAUCCAAGCUGGCCCGUUCAUCGAAGCGAUCCGACUCCUCUUCAAUCCAGACUCCAAAGUCUCUCCUUGGCAAUACUUCUUGCUCUACCAGGCCACCGAUGUCCUCAUCCUUCUUUACAAUAUCUACCUCCUCAGACGGACCAAUUGGAUUCAUGAUGUGGGCUUUGUAUUCUCUCUCUGCUCUUUUGUCAUCAUUUUCGUGACAUGCCUGUCUCGAUCCGGAACUUUCAACUCUGCUGAAUUUGUCUGGACCAGUUUUAUUAACGAUAGCGGCUGGGGAUCUGAUGCCGUGGUCUUCUUAUCUGGUAUGGCCAAUCCGAACUUCCUCUGGGCUGGCAUCGAUGGUGCCAUCCAUCUUGCGGAGGAAUGCUCCAAUGCCUCGACUGCAGUGCCAGGGGCCCUUUUCAGCACCAUUAUCGUUGGCUUCGUAACCGCUUUCCCCUUUGGAAUUGCUAUGCUAUACUGCAUUAAAGAUUUUGACCUGGUGACGGCGGACCUUACUGGAGUGCCCAUCUACGAAAUCUGGUAUCAGGCCACCCAUUCGGCAGCGGCAGCCACGGCUUUCGUUAUAUUCAUCUUAAUGAUCGCCUUAUUCGCUCUGAACGGCUGUGUAGAAGUGUCGGCACGUCUGACUUGGUCAUUCGCUCGCGACAACGCGCUUGUCGGAUCAAAGUACAUCGGAAAAGUCGACGAAAAGCAGAAAGUCCCAACCUGGGCUCUGUUGGCCAAUGCCUUCGUCAUCUUGAUCAUUGGCUGCUUUUACCUUGGCUCCUCGACCGCUUUCAACGCCUUCAUCGGGUCCGGGCUACUGCUCCAACAAUGCUGUUUUGCAAUGCUUGCAGCCUUGCUCUUGUGGCACCGCAGAUCUGACUUUGUGCUUCCACUAAACAGGAAAGUCCGGCUAGGUUGGUUUGGAUGGGUAGCAAAUAUGGUUACUCUGCUAUUCGCACCACUGAUUACUAUCAUAUACUGCUUUCCGCUGACAUUACCUGUUGCACCUUCCAACGCGAACUAUGCCUCCGCUGUCGUGGGAGUCAUGAUUCUGUUUGUCAUUCUGAAUUGGUUUCUACACGCGCGCAAACAUUUCAAAGGUCCAAGGAUUCAAUGGAGCUCCUAA